CUACUCUCUACCAACACUCUACAACAACAACCAUGGGUAACACCCCAUCCAGCGGCAAGGGCCAGGGCCAGGGAGGCAAGGAUGACAAGAAGAAGCAGGCGCCAAAGUGGGAGCCUCCUGUUCCCACUCGUGUCGGCAAGAAGAAGAGGCGUGGACCGGACGCGGCUACUCGCCUGCCAGCCGUCUACCCAACGACGCGCUGCAAGCUCAAGAUGCUCAAGAUGGAGCGCAUCAAGGACUACCUGUUGAUGGAGGAAGAGUUUGUCGCCAGCCAGGCGACCAGCGCCGGCGAGGACCGCACAGCAGCCGACAGGACGCGCGUUGACGAGCUUCGCGGCGCCCCCAUGGGUGUUGGUUCUCUCGAAGAAAUUAUCGACGACGACCACGCUAUUGUGUCGAGCGGCAACGGACCCGAGUACUAUGUCGGCAUCAUGUCGUUUGUCGACAAGGACCUUCUCGAGCCUGGAUGCUCUGUUCUUCUCCACCACAAGACACACGCCAUUGUCGGUGUGCUUGCGGACGACGCGGACCCCAUGGUCUCGGUCAUGAAGCUCGACAAGGCGCCCACCGAGUCGUAUGCCGACAUUGGUGGUCUCGAGUCGCAGAUUCAGGAGAUCAAGGAGUCGGUCGAGCUGCCCCUCACCCACCCAGAACUGUACGAGGAGAUGGGUAUCCGCCCUCCCAAGGGUGUCAUUCUCUACGGUGUCCCCGGUACCGGCAAGACACUGCUCGCCAAGGCUGUUGCCAACCAGACUUCGGCGACCUUCCUUCGUAUCGUUGGCUCGGAGCUCAUCCAGAAGUACCUUGGUGACGGUCCCAAGCUUGUCCGUGAACUUUUCCGUGUCGCCGAGGAGCACGCUCCUAGUAUCGUCUUCAUUGACGAAAUCGACGCUGUCGGUACGAAGCGUUACGACUCGACGUCGGGCGGUGAGCGUGAGAUUCAGCGAACCAUGCUUGAGCUCCUCAACCAGCUCGACGGUUUCGACGAGCGUGGUGAUGUCAAGGUCAUCAUGGCGACCAACCGCAUCGAGUCUCUCGACCCCGCCCUCAUCCGUCCCGGUCGUAUUGACCGUAAGAUUGAGUUCCCUCUCCCCGACACCAAGACCAAGCGUCACAUCUUCAAGCUGCACACGUCACGCAUGUCGCUCGCCGACGACGUCGACCUCGAGGAGCUGGUCAUGACCAAGGAUGACCUGUCCGGUGCCGACAUCAAGGCGGUGUGCACGGAGGCUGGUCUUCUGGCACUCCGUGAGCGCCGUAUGCGCGUCACCAAGGCCGAUUUCACGACUGCGCGCGAGAAGGUGCUGUACAGGAAGGACGAGAACACUCCUGCCGGAUUGUAUCUGCUCAUGCGCGAGUACCGCGACCUCACGGCCGACCCGAUCAACGACAUGCUCACCGCCGGCCCGGUGUCAGAGGACAACAUGCUUGAGUGGGAGGCGUUGAUCCAAGGGCCAGAGGGGACGCCUUAUGAAGGAGGCAUCUUCGCCGCCAAGCUCGUCUUCCCGUCAGACUACCCGCUCAACCCGUUCAAGAUGGUGUUUGACCCGCCACUCCUGCACCCGAACAUCUACCCCAACGGCACAGUGUGCAUCUCCAUCCUCCACCCGCCCGGCGACGACCCCCUGCGGUACGAGAGCGCGUCGGAGCGCUGGUCGCCCGUCCAGGGCGUGCGGUCGGUGCUGCUUUCCGUGCUCAGCAUGCUUGCCGAGCCUAAUAUCGAGUCGGGCGCCGACGUCGAGUGCUGCAAGCUCUACCGUGACAACCGGGCAGAGUUUGAGCGCCAGGUCCGCGCACAGGUACGCGGCCUGCUUGGCAUCGAGGAGGAAGAGGCGGCCGGUGCGUCGGCGUCGGCGCCGUCGGCAGCAUGAGAUCUACGUCGUUUGGUUUGUUGUACUCCCACCCACUGCACAUGUACAUGAUGGCACUGGAACGACACAA